GGCGGCGAUUGGUGGGAGGGAGGUGACGUCACCGCGCGCGACUGAAAAGCACAAGAACACUAGAGAAUCGAUUCGACACCAUGACGAAGCUACUGCAGUGGCUCUUCAUGUUGGCUCUUCUGGGUGGCACCUGGGCGACCCUAACCCUGAACCUUUUGGGACUCGAUCCACUGCCCCCUCCUGUGUACCAAGUCCUGUGGCUGCUGCCCACCUACCUGCUGGUGACGUUUGGCUGCUACUCUCUAGGCACUGUCGGGUACCGCUUGGCGACUUUCAAUGACUGUGAGGAGGCAGCGCGGGAGCUGCACGCCCAGAUCCGGGAGGCCCGGGAUGACCUCGCCCAGCGUGGCAUGAAGUUCUGAUCCUGGCUGCAAAGGACUGGCGCCCUGGAAGCGGCACCGGGGGGGGGGGGAUAUUCUCCCUGGACUGACAAUCGAAAUUGGUUGCACUCUUGUCAUUGGCUGAAGGAGUACUUGUACUUUAACAAUACUACUUACUAUGGAUAUAGCACGUUAAGUGUUCCAAGCUGACCA